AACACCUCUUCUGGUUCCAUCUACAUUGAGUCACACUGGCUUAAACUGCAAUUCACAUCAAAAAUAGUUUUUCUUCUUUUGAUUUGGCCCCUCCCUUUCCUUCCAUGGCAGUUGAAUUUGUUGGUAGUGCUCUUCUUUCUGCUUCCCUUGAGGUGGCGUUUGAGAGGCUAGCUUCUGCUGAAAUAGUGGAUUACUUUCAAGGAAGAAAACUCAAUAAGAAGCUGCUGAACAAGUUGAACAUCAUGCUGCUGUCCAUUAAUUCUGUGGUUGAUGAUGCUGAGCAAAGGCAAAUCAGAAAUCCACACGUUAAGGCAUGGCUUGAUGCUGUCAAAGAUGCUGUGUUUGAAGCAGAAGAUCUCAUGGAUGAAAUUGAUACAAAAGCCUCCCAAUGCAAUCUGGAAGCUGAAUCUCAGUCCAGUACUAGCAAGGUAUGGAAUUUCUUCAAUGCUGCUGUCAGUUCAUUUGAUAAGGAAAUUGAAUCAAGGAUGCAAGAAAUCCUUGACAGCCUAGAAUAUCUUGCAAGCCAAAAGGAUAUACUAGGUUUGAAAGAGGCUGGUGGUUCUGGUGUUGGAUUGGGUAGUCAAAUGUCACAAAAAUUGCCAUCAACAUCUUUGCUAGGUGAAACAGUUAUGUAUGGUAGAGAUGUUGAUAAAGAAAUUAUCCUUAAUUGGCUAAUGCUUGACAUUGAGAAUCAUAACCAUCAGCAGUCAAUAAUUUCUAUAGUGGGUAUGGGUGGGAUGGGUAAGACCACUCUUGCCCAACAUUUAUACAAUGACCAAAGGAUGGAGAUUAAAUUUGACAUCAAAGCUUGGGUAUGUGUUUCAGAUGAAUUUGAUGUUUUUAGGGUAACAAGAAUGAUAUUUGAGGCAAUCACUGAGUCAGUUGAUGAUAGUAGAGACCUAAAUAUGGUUCAAGGAAGAUUGAAGGAAAAAUUGUAUGGGAAGAGAUUUCUUAUCAUCUUGGAUGAUGUUUGGAAUGAAAACUAUAUGCAGUGGGAAACUUUGCAAACUCCUUUUAAUUAUGGGGCUCAGGGGAGCAAAAUUCUUGUAACUACACGCAGUGUGAAAGUUGCUUCAACCAUGCGGUCAGCUAAUAUACAUCAGCUAGAGCAAUUAAAAGAGGAACACUGCUGGGCAUUAUUUGCUAAAUAUGCAUUCCGGCAUGGAAGUCCGCAGUUGAAUCCUGAGUUGAAGGAGACUGGUAUAGAGAUAAUUAGAAAAUGCAAAGGAUUGCCUCUGGCCUUGAAAACAGUUGGAAGUCUCUUGUACACAAAAUCAUCUUUUCUUGAAUGGAAAAAUAUAUUAACAAGUGAGAUAUGGGACUUACCAGAAGAGGAUAGCAAUAUUAUCCCAGCUUUAAGGUUGAGCUAUCACCACCUUCCUUCUCAUCUCAAGAGAUGCUUUGCUUAUUGCUCCUUAUUCCCCAAAGAUUAUGUGUUUGAAAAGGACCAUUUAGUUCUAUUAUGGUUGGCUGAAAACUUCCUACAAUGCCGUCAAAAGACUAAGAGUAUGGAAGAAGUUGGUGAAGAGUACUUUGAUGAUUUGUUAUCAAGGUCUUUUUUUCAGCAAUCAAGUGGAGAUGAAAUGAAAUUUGUCAUGCAUGACCUUCUCAAUGAUUUGGCAAAAUAUGUAUGUGGGGAUUUUGUUUACAGGUUGGAGGUUGAAGAAGCACAAAAAAUGUCGAACAAGACUCGUCAUUUUUCAUAUUUAAGAAAUAGAUAUGAAUCUUCCAAAAGGUUUGAGGACUUACAAAAUGCCAAUAGGUUAAGAACAUUUUUACCACUUGAUAAGUUCCCAAAAGUACCUUUUCAUGAUCAUUUUUGGAUGUCUAGCAAGUUGAUGGAUGUAUUGAUCUCCAAGUUUAAGCUCUUGCGUGUUUUGUCUCUAUCUUGUUAUUAUAAUGGGAUGGUGGUGCCUGACACUAUAGGUAGUCUUAAACAUCUCUGUUAUCUAGACCUUUCUCAUACCAAUAUAGAAAAGCUGCCUGAUUCAACAUGUUUGCUCUAUAACUUACAAAUACUGAAGUUAAAGAAUUGUCGGUAUUUGAAGGAGCUUCCCUUGAAUUUGCAUAAACUCACUAAUUUGCGCUAUCUUGAUUUUAGCGGAACUCAGGUGAGAAAGAUGCCAAUGCAUUUUGGAAAGUUGAAGAAUCUUCAAGUAUUGAAUUCCUUCUUUGUGGGACAAGGUAGUGAGUACAAUAUUCAGCAACUAGAUGAACUCAAUCUUCAGGGAACACUAUCAAUUUCAGAGUUGCAGAAUAUUAUCAAUCCCCUGGAUGCAUUAGAAGCAAAUUUGAAGAAUAAAAUACGCCUUGUGAAGCUUGACUUAGAAUGGAGUGCAGACCUUGAUGACUCACAAAAUGCAAGGGAAGUGCUAGAGAAGCUACAACCUUCCAAACACUUGAAGGAGCUGUCAAUCUUGAACUAUGGUGGUACGCGAUUUCCAAAUUGGUUUGGAGACAAUUCACUAUCCAACAUGGUUUCAUUGAAGUUGAGAAACUGUCAAAAUUGUUUCUUGUUGCCUCCACUUGGUCUAUUGCCAUCUCUAAGGGAACUAUUGAUUAUAGAGCUCACUGGGACAAUGGUGAUAGGCAGUGAGUUUUAUGGGAAUGGGAGUAGCUCUUCUUCCACUGCACCUUUUGCAUCUUUGGAAACCUUAAAAUUCCAGGAUAUGUAUGAAUGGGAAGAAUGGGAAUGUAAACUUAUCCCUGGUGCUUUUCCACGUCUCCAAAAGCUUUCAAUAAAAAAUUGUCCGAAUCUCAAAGAGCAUUUGCCAGAGAAACUUCCUUGUCUGAUAACACUAGAAAUUUUUGAUUGCAUGGAGCUUGUGUCUUUGAUUCCCUUGGCUCCAUCCAUUCAUGAAUUAGAAAUAAAUAACUGUGGAAAGCUUCAAAUUGAUUAUCUUCCAUCUACUUUAAAAAUUCUCAAGAUUGGUGGAUGCUGCAUGGAAGGAUCAUUCCUUGAAAAGAUUGAGCAGACCAUAUCUGAUACCUCUCUUGAAAAAAUGCAUAUUAUUGACUGCCCAAAUAUGAAACUUCCUCUAUUCCAUGGUUACAAUUUCCUUGUAGAAUUAAGCAUUAGGAGUAGCUGUGAUUCUCUAAGGAACUUUCCACUGAAUUUCUUCCCUAAACUCCAUUCCCUCCGUUUAGGUGAGUGUUGUAACUUUGAAAUGAUUUCACAGGAGCACAGUCAUGAUCUCAAGUUUCUGCUGAUUACUAGGUGCUCUAAAUUUGUAUCGUUCCCUGAAGGAGGAUUCUCUGCACCUGGACUAGUGUUUUGUCAUCUUCAUAAAUUGGAGAACUUAAAAUCAUUGCCUGAAUGCAUGCACACCCUCCUUCCAUCACUUGUUGGGCUAAUUAUACAGGAUUGUCCUGAACUGGAGUUGUUUCCUGAUGGAGGUUUGCCAUCAAGCCUAAAAUAUUUGUAUCUCCGCAAUUGCGCCAAACUUAUGGCCUCUUUGAAACGGGCUUUGCGAACCACCACCUCUCUUCUUACCUUGUAUAUUGGAGAAAUGGAUAGUGUGGAGUCUUUUCCUGAUGAAGGGUUGCUGCCACAUUCUCUUACUUCUGUAUCCAUCACUUGGUGUCCAAAUCUUAAGAAACUGGACUACAUGGGUCUGUGCCGCCCCUCCUCGCUUACAAGGUUGUAUCUUUCUAACUGCCCCAGACUCCAAUGCUUACCAGAGGAAGGUCUUCCCAAAUCCAUCUCAACUCUACAAUUUUGGGGUGAUUGCUUGUUGCUCAAGAAGCGCUGCCAGAAACCAAAUGGUGAAGAUUGGGGGAAGAUUAGUCACAUUCAAUGCAUAAUAAUUGACAGUGACAUAAUAACAUGAAGCACAAAUUCUGACCAGUCUCUCCACAUUUGAUCAGAAGUUACAGCUACAGGAGGAAAAGGAUGGCUCAACUUACCUAGAUCAAGACACAUAUGUUUUUGUGAGGUGUGGUCGCAGUUGCGGUUGUGGCUGCGUUGUAGAAUUGCAAACAACUGCAGGUUGAUGCGGCAGGAGCCUGGUCAUAAUAUCACAUCGUGGUGGAUUCUCCACACCAAGGCUAGAGAGGUGUCUUAUUAUUUAGAAAUUCCGACAAUUUGUCAAAAUCAUUGCAUGAAUUGAAUGCAUGCACACCCUUCUCCAUCUCUUGUACUGCUUCCACCAUUGGAGAAACUGUUGAUUUUCUGUAAAAUAUUACAAGAACACUAGAGGAAAAUAUUGGUGCCAUUGAAUGUGUCCACAUUGAUGACUACAAUUACAUGAACUACAAGUUCUGAAUGCACCAAAUUUUUUAUUAUUGUCUGAGUAUUUUAUAGGGAAUAUUGGAAUACCAUUUGUUUUAUGAGGUGGAGGAGUUCAGUGGUUUGGUUUGGCAACAACACUCUUAGAUCCUCUUGUUCCUUUGCUUCAUUUCAUUACUUGUGUCAAUUAACAAUUUUUUAAACUGUUUCAGAUCUUCAAUAGUUUGUUUUCGUAUUUAGUUAUGUGAAGAAAAAAGUGU